AAUUGAAGUCAACAUUUUUGCAGCUUGGUGGAGAAAAUAAGAAAAAUGGGUUUAUUCAGAAACUUUAGCAGGAAUAUCUGCAAAAUUUUAAACAUUAUGUGAUUUCUUUCUAUCUAUUCGGACCUUGGUGGAUAGAGUUAGCAGAUAAUUGUUGCUGGUGGGGUGUCAGAUAUGUGGUGAAUUAGUGGAGGUGUGGGAAAGCUGAGCUAGACACCAUGUCAUAGAAAAGAGAGAAAACAAUAUCUGCAAAAUUUUGUAUUACUUUUCAUUUGUCUUGGCCUUGGUGGACAGAGUUACGUGGUACUUGAUGCUGAUGGGAGGUGUUGGGUAUUCCGUGAAUUAGUUGAGGUCAAAGCAGGGAAAUUUGUUUUAAAGCCGGAUGUGUGCUUUAGCUUAUCUGAAAUUCUUGGCCCCUUCCUAUCCAGUAUAAACUUGAAACUUUCUGGAAUUAUGCAUGUCUGGUCUUGGGGCCAUUGCCGACAAUAUUGAAAGAACGAUUACUUUAUCGGAUAGGACAAAGUCACUUGAUUCUUCAUUAAUUCAUGACAAUAACGACAUUACCAAAUUGACAAAUGGUGAAGUUUGUCUUACUUCUGAAUCCACCAACUUUAGAGUUGGGGAGCUCUUAUUACCAAAUGGGGAAUCCUAUUCUGGGUCCCUGCUGGGCAACAUACCCGAAGGUUCUGGAAAGUAUAGGUGGUCUGAUGGUUGUCGGUAUGUGGGUGAGUGGAGACAUGGGAUAACACAUGGUCAUGGGAAACUAGAAUUUCCUUCUGGUGCUGUUUAUGAUGGUGAAUUUUCAGGUGGUUAUAUGCAUGGUGAGGGGACAUAUAUUGGACCUGAUAAAGUGAUCUAUAGGGGACGCUGGCGGUUUAACCUUAAACAUGGUUUAGGAUAUCAAAUGUAUCCCAAUGGGAAUAUUUUUGAAGGGUCCUGGAUGCAGGGAACCCCUGAAGGACCAGGUAAGUAUACAUGGGCUAAUGGGAAUGUCUACUUUGGAAACAUGAAAGGAGGGAAAAUAUCAGGGAAAGGAACUCUCACUUGGAUUAACGGAGAUUCAUAUGAAGGGAACUGGUUAAAUGGUGCAAUGCAUGGCGUCGGUAUGUAUACAUGGAGUGAUGGUAGCUGUUAUAUUGGUACAUGGACACAUAGUCUAAAGGAUGGAAAAGGAACAUUUUAUCCUAGUGGUAGCAGGCUUACGGCUGGUCAAGAAUUGUACCUCAAUGCAUUGAGAAAACGAGGGUUACUGCCAGAUAUGAGAAAACAAAGUCAAGUCUCCCAUAUCCAUCAUGCCGCUUCAGUUGAUAUGGGAAGUGUCAAAGUCAGUGGUAAACUUCCAGAGAGGAACCUGUUAAAUUUCGGGCAGUCACGACCUACAAAUGUUUCUCUGGAAAGACGAUGGAGUCUUGAAGUAGCCAUUGAGAAAGUUAUUGGACAUAAUUUAGAUGGAGACAUGGAGGAUGCUAUGAGUGCUCCAAUUUUGGAAAGAGAGUACAUGCAAGGCAUCCUAAUCAGUGAGGUUGUCUUAAAUGAGCGUUUUUCACCACCAUCUGGGAGAGCCAGAAGGAGGCAGAAGAGAUUUGUAAGGGAAUUAAAGAGACCAGGUGAAGCAAUCAUAAAGGGUCACAGGAGUUAUGAUUUAAUGCUAAGUCUGCAGCUUGGGAUCAGAUACACUGUGGGGAAAAUUACACCUAUACAAAGACGAGAUAUACGAAAUUCAGAUUUUGGUCCGCGUGCUAGCUUUUGGAUGUAUUUUCCAAAAGGAGGAUCUCAGUUGACACCUACACACCAGUCUGAAGAUUUCAAGUGGAAAGAUUAUUGCCCAAUGGUCUUCAGGAAUCUGAGGGAGAUGUUUAAGAUUGAUGCUGCUGAUUACAUGAUGUCAAUUUGUGGAAAUGAUGCCCUUAGAGAGCUUUCUUCUCCUGGAAAAAGUGGCAGUGUAUUUUUCCUGUCUCAGGAUGACCGUUUCAUGAUUAAGACAUUACGUAAAUCUGAAGUUAAGGUUUUGCUGCGGAUGCUUCCGAAUUAUCAUCGCCAUGUCAAGACAUAUGAGAAUACUCUCAUCACUAAAUUUUUUGGACUUCACAGGAUAAAACCUUCCAGUGGACAAAAGUUCCGCUUUGUAGUAAUGGGAAAUAUGUUUUGUACGGAGUUGAGAAUCCACCGAAGAUUUGAUCUUAAAGGUUCUUCACUAGGACGAUCUGCUGACAAGGUUGAAAUUGAUGAGAACACUAUACUUAAGGAUCUAGAUUUGAACUACUGCUUUUAUCUAGAGCCUUCUUGGCGCGAAGCUUUAUUAAAGCAGAUCGAAAUUGACAGUAAAUUCUUGGAGGAAGAGAACAUUAUGGAUUACAGCCUCUUGUUAGGUGUUCAUUAUAGAGCACCUCAACACCUACAAUCUCUCAUUUCGUGCAGUGGACGUACCACGGCAGAUGGAUUAGAAAUUGUUGCAGAAGAAGAGUCUCUGGAGGAUGAAAUAUCACCCCAGGGCCUUGUUUUGGUCCCACGUGGAAGUGAGGAUAGUGUCGUUGUGGGUCCUCAUGUCAGAGGCAGCCGAUUACGAGCGUCAUCAGCUACUGGUGAUGCGGAAGUGGACCUCCUCCUCCCUGGGACAGCAAGAUUCCAGAUUCAGCUUGGGGUGAAUAUGCCAGCGAGGGCGGAGUAUAUACCAAAAGAAGGUCAAACACAGGUGUUCCACGAAGUAUAUGACGUUGUGUUAUACCUGGGGAUAAUUGACAUAUUGCAAGAAUACAACAUGAGCAAGAAGUUAGAACAUGCAUACAAAUCGAUUCAGUUUGAUUCCGUUUCCAUCUCUGCUGUUGACCCAACGUAUUACUCGGAGAGGUUCUUAGAGUUCAUUCGGAAGGUCUUCCCUACAUAUGCAGUAGCAACUUGAACAGUAUCCCCAACCCCAAUCCUUAGCUGUUACCAUGGAAAUUCGUCCGGUUCCUUAGCCAUUACCAUGGUAUAGGGAUACAGCUGCUGUUUGUAAUUUAUUGAAGAGUGUACAAUGCGGAUUAUGGAUAUGUAGUUGAUAGCAAUGCAUAUCAGUUCUUCUUUACAAGUUGGAUACACAACUUGGAAGUUUAUAAAGAUUUUUACGACGACUUCAA